ACCACAGAUGCUUUGGUAACUUUAUUAGUCUUCCAGACUUUUAUGAUCCCAAAUCGUUUUUUGUGCUGUGUUCAGGGUGGAGGGUGGACGAGAUCAGGGCCAAAGUUCUCUAGGCUGAGGUGUCAUAGUCGGGGAGGUUUGGUGCAGGACCUUAGAGACGCAAACACUUACCAGCGGGCAGGACUUCAGCAUAGAGUCCGGAGACCGUGCAGAAGAGAGGUCUUUUUUAUUUUCUGCUAUUCUCUCUGUUUCUCCGGGGAAUGGCUUGGCCGCUGUGGCUGCUCUUCGCCCUCCUCUUUCUCUUGGUGGGAUUGCAGGGGGAGGAUGGGGUGCACGAUGGAGACAAGAGGGACAGCAGCAGUGAUCUACCUCGUAUGCUCUCGGACAAAGGCAACCUGGUGUUCUCCACGGGAGACAACAAGGAAAUCCGCUUCCAGCCCUCGGCAUCGGGGCGGGUAAAAGUGGGCGACCAAGACCUCACAUUGCUACUGACUCAGAUCAGCAGCAACAAGGCUGAUAUCGAGGACCUGAAGAGCCACGGAGGUGUGGUGCCACCCGAGAUCACCAACAGACUCAACCAACUAGACACUAAGACGUCAGCUCUUGAGACGAAAGUGACCUCACUGGAAUCUGUCGUUCAGCGGCGGGCAUGCAACAGCAAUCCCUGCAGGAACGGAGGCACCUGUUUGAACCUGCUGGACUCCUUCCACUGUGUUUGUCCCGGCAACUGGGCUGGCCCCAGUUGUGCCACAGAUGUGAACGAGUGUCAGAUCUAUAGCGGGACGUCCCAGGGCUGUCAGAACGGGGCCACGUGUUUGAACAGCCCAGGUUCCUUCAGCUGUGGCUGUUCUCCGGAAUGGUCGGGCUCGCUCUGUACCGUGCGCUUUGACGACUGCAGGGGCUCCGGGCAGGGUCUGUGCGUGCACGGCAUGUGCAUCGACGCCGAUCGCGUCUCUCCGGGACAGCCGAGGUACCAGUGUGUCUGUGACAGCGGCUGGCAGUCUCCUUCGGGGAACCCGGCGUGUGUUGAGGACGUGGACGAGUGUUCCCUUGACAUCAAGCCUUGCUCCAGCAACCCCGCUGUCUCCUGCUACAACACCCAGGGAUCCUUCUCCUGCGGCGGCUGUCCUGCAGGUUGGCAAGGCAACGGCUACAGCUGUCGAGAUGUGGACGAGUGUUCGACCAAUAAUGGCGGCUGCUCCACGUCUCCGACGGUCCAAUGCCUGAACACCAUGGGCUCCUUCCACUGCGGGCCCUGCCCACCAGGUUAUGAGGGAGAUGGGAGGACUUGCACCCAGGCCAACAUCUGUGCCACAAACAACGGUGGCUGCUUCCCAUUGGCGAGCUGUUCAUCAAUUCCAGGGUCCGGCCUCCCGCUCUGUACCUGCCCCUCGGGCUACGUGGGGAACGGCUACGGCCCCUCGGGCUGCACGCAGACCAGCGACGUCUGCCAGACCAAUAACCCCUGCGUCAACGGACAGUGUGCGGCCACCACCACCGGCCCCGGCUACGCCUGCACCUGUAGUCCGGGCUGGGCCGGGGCCACCUGUGACCAGAACGUCGACGAGUGUGCCGGCAACCCCUGUCAGAACGGAGGCACGUGCACGGACGGCCUCAACGGCUUCACGUGCACCUGCACCGCCCUUUGGACCGGACCGCUUUGCCAAACCCAACAGCAAGUGUGUGGGGGCAACCUGGCAGGUCCCGCGGGGUCCUUCAGCUACCCUAACACCCCUGGCCACGACGAGUACGACCACCUGGUCAGCUGUGCCUGGGUGAUCCGCACGGAGCCCCACCAGAUCCUGCACAUCUCCUUCCCUUUCUUCGAACUGGAGAGCAGUGCCAGCUGCAACUUUGAUUUCUUGCAAGUCCACGACGGCGAGAGCGUUUCCUCCUUCCAGAUCGGUAGAUACUGCGGCGCCACCCGCCCGCAGGACCUGUUCAGCUCCCACAAUGCACUCUACUUCUGGUUUCGCUCCGACAGCUCCAUCAACGCCGGGGGCUUCAACGUCUCCUGGCAGUCUCAGGACCCAGUGUGUGGAGGUGAGCUCACCAACACACAUGGGAACAUCAACUCUCCCGGUUACCCGGGCAACUACCCACCUAGCAGAGACUGCUACUGGACUGUGAACGUGCCGCCCGGUCUGCUCAUCACCUUCGCCUUCGGGGACCUGAGUCUGGAGCAUCACCCCGACUGCAGCUUUGACUUCCUGGAGAUCCGGGACGGCCUGGUGGCAGAGGACCCGUCCCUGGCCAGGUACUGCAGCUCGGCCUCGCCGCCCCCUGUGUCUACCACCGGCCCGGCCGCCUGGCUCCACUUCCACUCUGACUCGGGUGUCUCCGACCGGGGCUUCCACAUCAGCUACAUCACCACCCCGUCUGACCCGGGCUGCGGGGGCACCUACACGGACAGCGAGGGGAUCAUCAUCUCGCCCAACUGGCCCAACAACUACGCGGCCAACCGCCAGUGCAUCUACCUGAUCCGCCUGCCGCCCGGCGAGGUGGCGGCCCUCAACUUCACCCACAUGGGCCUACAGACCCACGGGAGCUGCACCUUGGACUACGUGGAGGUCAGGGACGGGCGAGGGGAGACGGAUCGGCUGAUCGGGAAGUACUGCGGCUCCACCCUGCCGGCCCCCAUCCGCUCCACCUCCAACACCCUCUGGGUGCGCUUCAAGUCCGACAGCUCCGUGCAGGAGGCUGGCUUCAGGGCCGCCUACAGCGUGGGCUGUGGCGGCACCUUCUCGGGGACGGGGCAGAUCCGGUCCCCCUACCACCCGGGCGCCUACCCCCACAACAAGGAGUGUGAGUGGGUGCUCAACCAGCCCCAGGGCUACGUGGUCACGCUCAACUUCCUGUCCUUCGACGUGGAGGGCAACGCAUGUCGCUUCAACUUCGUGGAGGUGAGGGACGGCUCCUCGUCCAGCUCCCCCCUGCUGGGGACCUUCUGUGGGGACCAGGUGCCCCCCAUGCUGCAGUCCACCCAGCGCUCCAUGUACCUCCGCUUCAAGACAGACGCGUCUGUCACCAACAUGGGCUUCACCGCCGCCUACGCCGCGGCCGAGGAGGGUUGUGGUGCCACCCUGACCACGCCCACAGGGACCAUCACCAGCCCGGGCCACCCCGAGGGCUACCCGCACGGUGCAGAUUGCAUGUGGUUCAUCAGCGUCGCCCCCGGCAACCUCAUCCGGCUGACCUUUGACUCCUUCAACGUGGAGUACGAUUCGAGCUGUCAGCACGACUACCUGGAGGUGUACGACAACGGCACGGUGCAGACAGGCACCAAGGUGGGCAGGUACUGUGGCCGGUCGGUGCCCCCAUCCAUCACCAGCACUGACAGCCUGCUGACCGUGCUGUUUGUGUCCGACUCCACCACUGCCACUGAGGGAUUCUCCAUCAGCUACAUCUCCAUCAACGCCACCACCGACUGUGGCGAGACCUUCACCUCCCCAACGGGGACAUUGAGUUCGCCCAACUACCCCAGCAACUACCCCAACAAGCGGGAGUGUGUGUACAAGAUCGUGGUGGGGGUCAACAUGCAGAUCAAGCUCAACUUCACCGACUUUCAGCUGGAGUACAGCGCCACCUGUAACUACGACUACGUGGAGAUCAGGGACGGGGGCUACGAGACGUCCCCCAUCAUCGGGAGGUUCUGCGGCAGUCAGAGGCCCCCGGUGCUGGUAUCCCAUAGCAACCGCCUCUGGCUCAAGUUCCGGUCGGACGUGACCACCACGAGCCCGGGUUUCACCGCUCACUGGGACGGCACACAGACUGGCUGCGGAGGGAAUUUGUUGACAUGGACGGGGUCCUUCACCUCGCCCAACUACCCCCUGCCCUACCACCCCAACGCAGAGUGCUACUGGCGCAUCAAGACGAACCAGGGCAACCUGCUCCGGCUCUCCUUCUCAGACUUCCACCUGGAGGCCAGCACCCACAUGGGGUGUAGGCGCGACUACCUGGCGGUGUACGACGGGAGCAGCAGCGCCGCUCCCAAGCUGGCCGUGCUGUGCGGCCACGCGCUGCCCGCGCCCCUCAACUCCUCCGGCAGCGAGCUGUACGUCAAGCUGCGCACCGACCACAUGAUCAGCGCCGGCGGCUUCCUGGCCUCCUACACCGGCGACUGCCAGGGAGUGCAGAUCUCCGGCCAGCGUCGCGGCGUCAUCGAGUCUCUCAACUACCCCAACGCAUACCCAGCCAGCUCUCGGUGCAGCUGGACCGUCCAGGCCUGGGCGGGGAACACCGUCAGCUACACCUUCACCGCCUUCCACCUGGAGCGGAGCACCAACUGCAUGCACGACCACGUCAAGCUGUACAACGGCCCCGAUGCUCAGGCCCCUCUGAUCGGCACGUUCUGCGGGUCUACACCACCCCCCACCAACGCCACCACCAGCCCCUACCUCACCAUGGUCUUCCAGUCGGACACCAGCUUAUUCGGUUCGGGCUUCCAGAUGAUAUGGCAUCAGUACGGCUGUGGUGGGGAGCUCUAUGGCCCCUCUGGCUCCUUCAACAGCCCGGGUUACCCCAAAUGGUACCCAGAAAACAGCCUGUGUAUCUGGCAUAUCACCGUGGCAACCGGCAGAAGCAUCACCAUCAACAUCCACGAGUUUGACGUGGAGUACCACCCAGACUGCAACUACGAUGUGCUUGAGGUGUUUGGAGGCCCAGACCCGACCGCACCACGGCUGGCCCAGCUGUGCUCCACCACCACCAGCCCCAUGCAGGUGUCCAGCACCGGGAACACCAUCACCGUGCGCUUCAAGACCGACGCCUAUGUCAGUGGGCGGGGCUUCAACGCCAGCUGGGUGGAAUCGAACGGAGGAUGUGGGGGUCCGGUGACGGCGCCGUACGGGGAGAUCCACUCCCCCGCCUACCCCGCCAACUACCCCAACAGCGUGGACUGCUCCUGGGUCAUCAGCGUGGACCCCACCCACCGGGUGCUCUUCAACUUCACCGACCUGGAUGUGGAGGACUACCCUGACUGCCAAAACGACUAUGUGUCUAUUCACGACGGCCCCAGCGUGCUGGCCCCCCAGCUGGGCCGUGUGUGUGGCAGCGUGCGUCCCGCCGCCAUCAUCUCCACCCAGAACGUUAUUUACGUGCGCUUCAGGUCGGACGCUAGCCUCAACCAUCGAGGCUUCAGGGCCCAGUUCAUAGAAGCCUGUGGCGGAAACCUCGUCGCUGAUGACUCGGGAGGUGCCAUUUCCUCCCCACGGUAUCCUAGCAACUACGCCCCAGAUCUGAACUGCAGCUGGAUCAUCACAGCACAGGAGCCUUUCAACCAUGUGACCUUGUCAUUUACCGACUUGGACUUGGAGAGGGUGAACUCCAACUGCUCCCAUGAUGCAGUAGAGGUCUUGGAUGGAAACAACUACGAGGCCCCUUCCAUAGGACGCUACUGCGGCUCCGAGCUUCCUCACCCCGUGACAUCGUUCAGCAACGCCCUGGUGGUCAACUUCGUGUCCGACCACUCCGUCUCUAAGAAGGGCUUCAGAGCCACCUACACUGCCUCCACCUCAGGCUGCGGAGGGGAUCUGUACAUGGAAAGCGGGGCCUUCAACAGCCCCAACUACCCCGACGCCUACCCAGCCAACCUGGAGUGUGUCUGGACGCUCAGGAGCUCCCCGGGCAAUCGCCUCCAGCUCUCCUUCAUUAUGUUCGGGCUGGAGACGAGCUUCAACUGUAACAAUGACGUUUUGGAGAUCAGGGAGGGCAGCUCCACCGGCCCGCUGGUCAGCCGCUUGUGUGGAGACAGCCUCCCCUCCAACUACACCUCGGUUACCGGCCACAUCCUGUGGAUACGCUUCCGCUCAGACGCAUCGGGCAGCGGCGCCGGCUUCCAAGCCAGUUUCGCCCACUUGUAUGGUAACGAGCUGACAGGGGAGUCGGGCCAGAUCGCCUCUCCGCUGUACCCGCGCACGUACCCCAACAACGCAGACUACCGCUGGACGGUCACCGUGGACGGAGACAGCUACGUCCAGAUCCAUUUCCUAGACCUAGACAUUGAGGACCUGUACAACUGCUACUAUGACAACCUCAAGGUAUUUGACGGGCCCAACGUGCACAGCUACCCCAUGGGUACGUUCUGUGGCCUGGUACCCCCCACUCCCCUGCGCAGCUCGGGCAGCACCGUGACCCUGGAGUUCCAGUCCGACGUGCUCGCCGGGGGCAAAGGCUUCCUGGUGGAGUGGACGGCCGUGCAGGGCUCUGGACCCCUGCCCACCAUCGCACCAGGUGCGUGCGGGGGCGCCCUGAUGCCGGAGGACGCCCCGCGGUUCCUGUUCUCCCCCGGGUGGCCCGGCGACUACGCCCCCGGCCUGGAGUGCACCUGGGUGAUCCGCUCGCCCGCCUCCACCGUGGAGCUCAACCUGCUGUCCCUCGACAUGGAGGACUACCCCAGCUGCUACUUCGACAGCCUCGUCAUCCGGGACGGUGAGAGCAACCUGUCUCCACUGCUGGCCAAUCUGUGUGGCCGGGAGCUCCCCGGACCCCUCCACUCCACGGGGGACUCCAUGUUCAUCCGCUUCACCUCCGACGGCAGCCUCAGCGGGCGGGGCUUCAACGCCUCUUACACCAGAGGUUGCGGGGGUCUCCUGCACGCCAACAGAGGGGUCCUCAGCAGCCCCCGCUACCCCCAGAACUACCUGCCGGGCCUGGACUGCAGCUGGCACGUCAUGGUCCCUCCGGGCUUCCGUAUCUCCGUCAACUUCCAGACGCCCUUCCAGGUGGAGGGCUACAGCAACCAGUGCAGCGACGGAGACUAUGUGGAGCUGAGGAACGGGCCAGAUGCCACCGCUCCGUCCCUGGGGGGUCGCCUGUGCGGCACCAGCCCCCCCGCGGUGGUGCAGACCUCCGACAGCGACCUGCACGUCCGCUUCGUCUCGGACGCCUCCAACGAGGGCAGCGGCUUCAAGCUGACCUUCGAGGCCCACAGCCUGGCUUGCGGUGGGUACAUCGAGCUGGGCGAUAAUGACCCUCCAGGCUACAUCACCUCACCCAACUACCCCCAGAGCUACCCCAAGAACUCGGACUGCGUCUGGGUCAUCGCCGUGCCCAACGGGGAGUCGGUCAGGAUCGACUUUGAGGAGGACUUCUACAUCGAGCCCACGACCAGCUGUUUGCAUGACUACCUGGAGGUGCGAGACGGCGUCACGACAGAAGCCGACCUCAUCGCAAAGCUGUGCGGCGCCACGCGGCCCUCCACCCAGCGCUCAACGGGCUCCUCCAUGCUGCUGAGGUUCCGCACGGACACCAGCGUCACACACAAGGGCUUCAAGGCCAAGUACUCCAUAGCCACGUGCGGUGGAACCUACAUCGGCCAGAACGGCACCAUUAAGAGCCCUGGCCUCCCCGGGGCCAACUACCCCGACGGCUCGGCCUGUGAGUGGUACCUGGAGGGCCCCACAGGGCACUUCCUCACCCUCAGCUAUGGGGCCCUCGACCUGCAGGCCAGCCCCGACUGCUCCAAGGACUAUGUGGAGAUCCGAGAGUACAACGCCUCAGGGCGUGUUCUGGGCAGGCACUGCGGCAACAGCAUCCCAGCGGCCAUAGACACCAGCGACAGCUUUGCUUACGUUAAGUUCGUCAGCGAUGCAAGCAUGAGCGCUCCUGGCUUCAGCCUCUCUUUCCAAGCUAGCUUGGAUGGGUGUGGAGGAGAGCUCAACGCCCCCUCAGGCACCAUCUCAUCCCCCAACUACCCCAACCUCUACCCCCACAGCCGCGUCUGUCGCUGGCUGGUCGUCGUCCCCCGGGGCCGCAGGGUCACCCUCACCAUCAACGACAUGAGGCUGGAGGGCUCCGAAACCUCCUGUUACUUUGACUACGUUGAGGUCCUGAACGGUGUGACGGAAGACUCUCCGCUACUGACCCGCUACUGCGGCUCGGUCCCGACGGGCACCCAGGUCCGGACCUCGGGCCGCACCAUGACGGUGGUGUUCCGCACCGACGCGUCCGUGUCCAACGGCGGCUUCACGGCGUCCUACUCCUCGGACGAGGCUGCAGUGUGCGGCGGUAUUCUGGACAACCCCGCCGGGGGGAACAUCACCUCCCCGGGGUACCUGGUGUCCAACUACAGCAGCAACCUGAACUGUGAGUGGCUGAUCCAGAACCCGCGGCGCGUCAACUCCUCCAUCGUGGUGGUGCUAGAGGACCUCCACCUGGAACACCACCAGACCUGUGAAUCGGACUACCUGCAGUUCCGCCUGGGUGACCACAACGGGGAGUUGCUGGCUAAGUUCUGUGGUCAGACCACGCCCCAGGUGCCCAUCGUGGUGUUCACCUCCGAGCUGUGGGUCCACUUCCAGACGGACCAGGCCGAGGGGGACCUGGGCUUCAUGGCCCAGUACAUGUUCUCUGAUUGUGGUGGAUGGCAGUCCGGAGAGGGAGGUGUGAUCUCCAGCCCCAACUACCCCGACCACUACCCGGGCCCCAGUCGCUGUGCCUGGCUUCUCGAGGCCCCUGAGGGCCACACCAUCACCCUCACCUUCACCUACUUCAGCCUGGAGGCCCACAGCCAGUGCAGCUGGGACUCGCUCACCAUCUUCAACGGCGCCUCCCCCGGCUCGCCCGUCAUUGGCCAGUAUUGCGGCACCAACUCCCCGGGAACCGUCCAAUCAGGAUCCAGUAAGAUGGCGGUGGUGUUCCUGGGCGACCACAGCGUGUCCAAAGGGGGCUUUGUGGCCUCCUGGACGGCAGACUCCUCAGGCUGCGGCGGCGUGAUGCACGUCGCCUCGGGCUCCGUCCGCUCCCCCGGCUACCCGCAGGACUUCCCCGCCAACGCAGAGUGCUCCUGGCAGCUGGUGGGCCACGAGGGCAGCCACCUGGAGAUGAGCUUCCAGGGGGAGUUCCAGAUCCCGGACGACAGCGGGACCUGCCAGAGCAGCUACGUUAAGGUGUGGUCCGGCAGCAGCCAGACGGAUGAGACCCUGUUGGCCACGGGCUGUGGCUCCACGGCGCCAGGCCCCAUCAUCGCCCCCACCAACGUCCUCACCGCCCGCCUCCAGGCCUCCGGCCCCGCGGGCAAGGGCUUCUUCGCCUCCUUCACCUCCAGGUGCGGGGCCAACUUCACAGCCCGCAGCGGGCGCGUGGUCUCCCCCAACUACCCGGCCAACUACCCCAACCACUCCAACUGUAACUACACCAUCGACGCCGGGGCGCGCACCAUCAUCGUCCUCACCUUCAGGUCCUUCCAAGUGGAAGCCUACCCCACCUGCACCUUUGACGGGCUAAAGAUCUACAGGGGCGUGGCCCCCACCCAAGGCCCCCUGGCCACCCUCUGUGGCACCACCAUCCCAGGACCCUUCUCCACCUUCGGCCCCAUGCUGCUCAACUUCUACUCCGACUCCGCCUUGUCCGACAACGGCUUCCUGGCCGAGUACCGCGCCUUAUCAUGUGGAGGUUUCUUCAACAGCACAUCGGGGACGGUGAGCAGCCCCGCCAUCUCAGAGACCAACUACCAUCACAACAUCAACUGCUCCUACCACAUCAUGACCACCAGCGACAGAGUCCUCGACCUCAAGUUCAACACCUUCCACCUGGAGGCGUCCUCCAGCUGUCGCUACGACCACGUCUCUGUGUACGACGGAGGCAGCACAGCGGCGCCCCUGCUGGGCAAGUUCUGCGGCACGGCCCUGCCGCCCCACCUGCGCUCCUCCACCAACCAGCUGUACCUCCUGUUCGUCACCGACCAGACUGUGAACGGGAUUGGCUGGCGCGCCACCUACUCCGGGACCCUGGGUCCGGCCCAGGGUUGCGGGGGUUACCUCUCCAUGCCCAUGGGCAUGUUCGGCUCCCCGGACACCAACCUGGACAGCCGCUACGAGCCGUACCUGAACUGUCUGUGGACCAUCGAGAUGCCCAUCAACAAGCUCAUCAACCUCACCUUUGACUCCUUCGACCUGGAGAACUCCCCCAACUGUCGCUACGACCACAUCAAGGUCUAUGAUGGCGACAACGUGAACGUCCCUCUGGUUGGCUCCUUCUGCGGGAACACCGUCCCCAUGCCCUUUGUGUCGUCAGGCAACUUCCUGACCGUCCUCUUCGUCACUGACAGCGUUGUGCAAAAGAGGGGCUUCAACGCCACCUACAGGGGGAUGGACGUGUUAUGCGGCGGCACGCUGAACGCCACCACGGCGAUCCAGACCAUCACCUCGCCGUUCUUCCCCAACGCGUACCCGGCGCAGACCUCCUGCCGCUGGAUCCUCGACGCCCCGCCCCAGGAGUCGGUCAAGCUGUCCGUCCAGACCUGGACCCUGCAGCCGGGCCAGAGCUGCUCCAGCAACUACCUGGAGAUGAAGGACUGGCCGGUGGGAGACUACGGCCAGUCCCAUAAGUUCUGCGCCGGUGAAAGCCCGGUACCGGACUUCUACAGCUACGGAAGGACCAUAAGUCUGCAUUUGAAGUCCGACACCUUUAUGCCAGGAAACGGCAUGAGCUUGACCUAUCAGGUGGCAGGCUGCAGCCGCACCUACCAGCAGGCCUACGGCUACCUGAAGAGCCCUGGCUGGCCCGACGUCUACCCUCACAACACCGACUGCACCGUGGUGCUCAUGGCUCCGCAGGGCAGCUCCAUCUCCCUGUUCUUCAACAGCUUCGACAUAGAGGGACACUCCCUCUGCGCCUACGACUACCUGGAGGUCCGUAACGGCUCCACGGCCGCCAGCCCUCCCUUAGGGAGGUUCUGCGGCUCCGGGCUGCCCGCCCCUGUGUUCCCCGGCACCAACGCGCUCUACCUGCGCUUCAAGAGCGACUUCAACAACGUGCGGGACGGCUUCGAGGCCACGUGGACCUCCUCCCCGCAAGGUUGCGGCGGCACUCUGUACGGAGACCACGGCUCGGUGGCCAGCCCCAACUACCCGGGAACCUAUCCCAAUGGGACGCACUGCGAGUGGGGCAUCCGGGCUCCCAGGGGCCGCGUGGUCACCGUCACCUUCGCCCAGCUCAGCAUCGACGACCCCGGAGACUGCCAGAACAACUUCCUGAAGCUCUACGACGGCCCGGACAGCACGACGGCCCCCGUGGGCCCCUACUGCGGACGGGAGACCAACAUCGCUCCGUUCACCGCCUCCUCCCAUCUCGUCUACAUCGUGUUCCAGGCGCAGUCCAGCGUCCUGCCCUCGGGAUUCCGACUCACUUGGAGCAGCUGAGAGGAGAAUUCAUGAUACACACACGCACGCACACACACACGCGCACACACAGAGCUGUUUACAGUUUAAUUAAUCUCUUUGAAAAAACAAACACAUUUGUUGCAAUUGUUCUGCUUCAAAAUCAAUGUAAAUAAAUAUUUUUUUAAAUCAAAGUCAUCAGAAAAUAGUUUAAUGAACAGCUAUAUUUUUUUAAUCAGUUUUUGUAUAAAUCUUUGUGCUAAUAGGAAAUACAUGAAUUUUGGAAGAGGAAUUUGUGAUGACCUUAAUAAAAGGAGACUUUUGUUGUGAGGUAA